AUGGCUGAAGCGUUUCGCCAGGUCUUCAAGGCCGAGGGCUCCUUGGGGCAGUCCAUGAUGUUCCAACCCACGGCGGUCACUGCGGCGCGCGCCAAGGAGGCGCCUUCGGAAAACGCCGCAGCGGACAGGGGGAGGCGCAACUUCAUGCGCUCGGAAGAUCUCUGCGAGGAGGACGAAGAAAGGACGGUACCGCCCCGCCGGGCGGGAAAGUUCGCUGGCAGUCCUGCGCCGCAGUUGGGUGCUGCGAGCGCCGCGGCCCUGAUGCGGGAGAGGGCCUUAACGUUGGAACGCGAGGAGGAAGAAGUGAGGAAGAACAUGCGCGAAGUCACUCUGGAGGUGGACCUAACGCAGCCGCUGGGGAUCCUCUUCAACAAGUUUCUGGAAGCAGAUCAAGUGAACGGAGGUUCGCAGAGUGCACGUCUGGGAGUCCAACCCGGAUGGCGCGCAGUGUCUUUAGCAGGCGAAAAGUUCAAAGAGACCCGCGAGUUGGUCGCCAAGAUUCAGGCGCUGAAGGAGGAAGGCACCACCGCCGUCUCCGCGGUCUUCUUGGUGCCGCCCUUGGCAGAGCCGAAGGAAGCAGAGCCGCCUUCGGUGGAGGAAGUGAAGCCGAAAGCCAUGGAGGCAGACCCAUUUUCGGCGGAUCCCAAGAUUUUGUCGGGCCACGGCGUGCCCCGAAAACGCGUAGCCGCCGAAGACCGAAGCACCGCCCGUAGCGAUGCCAUCCAUGUCGAAGAUGUCCGCUGUUGGCGUCGUCGCGACCGUCGGCGCUGCCGUGACAACCUUCGUCGCACCAUCCGCGACGUCCAGGGCGGAUCCAGCAGCUCCCUGUCCGGCCUGAGCCUCGCCGGCCUGGCCGCCGUGGCCGUGGCGGCCGUGCCCAGCCGCACGGCACCGGCCGCGCGAAGCACCGCGGUGCGGGCCUAUGAUGCCUCCAAAGAGAUCGGUGCCUGCGAUCCUCUGCUGUUCUGGGAUCCUAUUGGUUACUGCGGUGGCGACUGCACCAAGGAGGACUUCGACCGCCGCCGCGCAGUGGAACUGAAGCACGGCAGGAUUUGCAUGUUCGCCACCAUCGGCAUGGUGUGGCCUGACCUCUUUGGCAAGUUCGAUGGCUACUUGUCCCCCUCUGCAAAUUUGAAGUUUGCCGAUGUGCCAUCGGGCAUCGCAGCGAUCAGCAAAGUGCCCUUGGAGGGCUGGCUGCAGAUCCUUCUGGUGGCGGGUCUCAUUGAGACGCAGCUCUUCAAGGACCAGUCCUUUGGAGGCUUCGGAUAUGCCAAGUAUGGAGAACCGGGAAAUUUUGGCACUGGCUACUGGGGAAGGAAGAUCCAGGACCCGGCGGAGCGAAAGUUGAAGCUGACCACGGAGCUGAACAACGGACGGUUGGCCAUGGUCACCAUGACUGCCAUGCUGAUCCAGAACGGCCUCACUGGUCAGUCCACCAUCGAACAGUUGACCUCCGGCCAUUUCUCGCCGUUCAACGAUGGUCAAGGUUUCUUCGCACAGUUCGAUCCUUCCAAGGAGCUGGGCGCCUGCCCUCCUCUGGGCUACUGGGAUCCCUUCGGCAUGAUGGCCUUCCAGGAUGAGGAGAAGUUCCGCAACUUGGUGUGGCAG